AUGGCCAAAGCCGCACCUCCAAAGUUCGAAAUUAAGAAGUGGAACGCCGUCGCGUUGUGGUCGUGGGAUUUGCAAGUCGACACUUGUGCCAUUUGUAGAAACAGUUUAAUGGAUCUAUGCCUUGAGUGUCAAGGAAACACUGGCUCAAAUGCCGAAGAAUGUACCAUUUCUUGGGGUGCUUGCAACCAUGCCUUCCAUACUCAUUGCAUUUCGGGAUGGCUUAGGAACAGAGCCAUUUGCCCUCUUGAUCAAAAGCAGUGGGAAUAUGCUCGUACUGGAAAAUAA